CCUGAGCGAGCUCGCACUCCAGCUUGGCGUUCAGUGUGGUUCAGACGCUCCGAUCCUUUCUUACAGUUUCUUUUGUUUUUGGUUUGUGCGGACACCACCGACACUAAGCAGCCAUGGAUGCCAUCAAGAAGAAGAUGCAGAUGCUCAAGCUCGACAAGGAGAAUGCCUUGGACAGAGCUGAGCAGGCCGAGUCAGACAAGAAGGCAGCCGAGGAUAGGAGCAAACAGCUUGAGGAUGACCUGGUAGCACUGCAGAAGAAGCUGAAGGCAACUGAGGAUGAGUUGGACAAGUACUCUGAAGCCCUGAAGGAUGCCCAAGAGAAACUGGAGCUUGCUGAGAAGAAAGCCACAGAUGCUGAGGGUGAUGUAGCUUCCCUGAACAGACGUAUCCAGCUGGUUGAGGAGGAGUUGGACCGUGCUCAGGAGCGUCUGGCCACAGCCCUGACCAAGCUGGAGGAGGCUGAGAAGGCUGCUGAUGAGAGUGAGAGAGGCAUGAAGGUUAUUGAGAACAGGGCAAUGAAGGACGAGGAGAAGAUGGAGCUGCAGGAGAUCCAGCUGAAGGAGGCCAAACACAUUGCUGAGGAGGCUGACCGCAAAUACGAGGAGGUUGCCCGUAAGCUGGUGAUCAUUGAGAGCGAUUUGGAACGUACAGAGGAGCGUGCUGAGCUGUCUGAGAGCAAAUGCUCUGAGCUUGAGGAGGAGCUGAAAACCGUGCAGAACAACCUGAAGUCUCUGGAGGCCCAGGCCGAGAAGUACUCACAGAAGGAGGACAAGUACGAGGAGGAGAUCAAGGUUCUCACAGACAAGCUGAAGGAGGCUGAGACCCGUGCUGAGUUUGCUGAGAGAUCAGUCGCCAAGCUUGAGAAGACCAUUGAUGACCUUGAGGCUAAAUUUUCACACCCUUCACUCCAGAAGCCGGUUGACUGUCGUCAUCUCUCUCCUGUGCAGCGCAGCCCAACUUUCUGUCUUCCUUGUCUCUGUAUUUCUUUACUGCCCCAUCACCACUGCACAGUGGGCCGUCGCUGCCAUCGUCCAUCUGUACAUCUCUCAUACAGACCUUUGAGCCGUGUUGCUUUCUGUAAAAUAAACAUUCUUCCAUCUAUGUCAGCCCUUCCCCUUUUCUCCUGCCAUGUUUCUUUGUUUCCAUUUGUCCCAUCUUUUUCUUUUUUGAUUUUUGUCUUCUAUGUGAUUAAUUUAUUUUGUCGAGUAGCUUUUGAAUAAACUCUGAAGCUCC